CGCACAUCAUAGUUCUCUCAUGAUCCGGCAGAGAGCGCAAAUGUGUUGAGAGACAAAAACCUGAGAAAAAGGAUGCUCUGCCAGGUGUCGGCCGCAGCAUCAGCACCGCUCCUCCUCCUCCUCCUCCCUCCUCCUCUCCGCAGCAUCUCUCUCUCUCUCUCUCUCUCUCUCUCUCUCUCUCUCUCUCUCUCUCUCUCCUUGCACUGUUUCACAGACAGAGAGAGUGGAAAGACACGCUUGUGUUGCGUUUUUGCAACUCCCCGCGUGUGACCGACAUUCUUAAAUGAAUCAACACCAGAGAAACCUGGAGAUUGAACAGACCUCCAUCUCCUUGAAGAACCAUCAAAGACAGCAUUGUUAACUCACAGUAAAGGGAAAAUAAGUGGCAAGCUGAAAUUAAAAAUAUUUCAUGAGAUGAAAUUUUGUCCUUGGAAUAAUCAGCUGAAGGGCUAUCAUUGCACAGACCCUGAAGAGGAGCAACACGCAGGGAAGAAACCUUUGUAAUUCCAUAGAUGGCCUCAGCACCCUGCAAGUGUUUUUGAGCUCGCUAACAGAAUCAUUCCGACAUGAGCAUCCCAACUGGUUUACAGGGACUGAGGGUCAAUAUUGACAGAGGGGAAAAGAUUGGAAGCAAAACCCAGAUCCAGUUCCCCCAAUCUGGGGAUGACAAUGCCAAUCGAUUAGCUUUGAUUGCUGAUCAAGAAGGAAGAGGACUGAUAGAGGAUGCAGGGUACAACACAAGCUCCAUCCCUCCUUUGGUCUCUCAGAGUGAAUCUCCAGACAAGUUAGUGAUCUGGGGAUCUGAGCAGCAAUGUGUGGAGCCUGAGCUCAGAGAUUUCGAACUUUUGGAGUGUCAGGAGAUACAUGCAUUCUUGGGAAACAGGGAUCAGGAGGAGAAUGAGGAAGAAGACGAUGGAGGAAGUAUCAGAGAUGGAAAAGACGAGGGUCCCAUGUCUAUAUCUUCAAGCUCAACUGCCAGCUCUUCUUCGACUGGAGUGAAGAGAAAUGACAACGACAGCAACAAAGUGGAGAGCAGAAUACAGAGGAGCAAAGAGGUGCAGAAAAGGAUUGCCUGUCAUAGCACUGAAGAGCUAGACACAUGUGUGACAGGCUCAAUAGAAAAAAGGGACUCCAGGUCAGGCAGAGCAGGGGAUAGGGAGAGACAGAAGGGAGGUCUGAAAGAGUCCAAGUCAGAGACAAAUGUGUUCGUCUCCAGUCUGUCAGCUGUUUCCCUCAGUGGGAGCCUGUCGAGCGCUCUCAAUAGUAGCGAAGAAGUGCAAUCUUUCAUCUCUCUCAACUCCAAGACCAACCCUAAUCCCAAUACAAACAACACUACCUCAGCCCAGGCCAGAAGAAGGGCAGCCCCUGUAGAUGCCAACCAGAACUCCCCACCAUCGCAUCCUCAGGAGAAACAUGGCUGUCUUCAAUACUACAGCCAGGAUCAGAGACAGGAGGAGGGAAGUCAACAUAGAAAUGGAUUGUCUUCUGAUGGGGGGCUGGGCCAAAGGAGGAGGGCUGGAUUUGAGGAGAGGGUGAUGCCACCACGACGGCAACAGCUCGUCAGGCCCCUCUGUCAGGCAGAGAUGGGAAGAGCAAGGAGCUUAGAGCCCAGUGGUCAUCAAGCUGAGACAGAGCAACCUUGUUCCAUGAACCUCUCUCCAGAUUCACACAGUAAUGGGUCAAACAGAAAGUUUACAAAAUCGUCUUUACGUGAGCCAUCAGAUUUCUCCAACCUGUACACAUUCUCACAGCUCAGACAGCCCAACCAGGCAGCCCAGAGGGAGGCUCCACCUGUAGAAAAACAGCCAGCUAUAACUGCAUGGCGAAAUUCAAGUCCUUCCAAUCCUUCCAAUUUAGAGAAGAGACCCCAGACUCAGCUCACAUACAGAAGGAAUUGCUCCAGCCCUAACCGGACGGGAGUUGAUUCCAGGUCAUCUACCCCUCCCCACUCCCCUCUCAGGACACCCCAGGGUUCCCCACGCAGGCAGCCCUCCAUGUACCUCGUUUCCAGGAAUGUCUCUGGAGUGGUUAGACACAUCCCAUCAGGAUGCAACCCUGCUGUAAUGACCUCUGCUCAGGGCUAUGGCAACAGUUGUAUGAGAGCGCCAUUCAAAACCAAUAUAAGCACAAGUGGAAUCCCCAAAGCGCCUCUUAACAACCAGCAGAGCUCUAACCACAACUCCAGCCCCAAAGAGAGCUCCCCAUCACCUAAACUAAAACCUAAAGGAGUGCGUCCCAAAAUCAUCACCUAUGUCCGAAAAAAUCCUCAGUUUAAGCCCCAGGCUGCUGAUGGACCUUAUCAGGUAUCUUCUCUACCAUCCCGGCUCUCAGCAUACGGACACGGCCAAGCACCCACUUCCUUCAAAGACACCCCUAAAGACCCCUCCAAGCCUAGCGCAGAAACCAGAGGACCCCCAGUACUCAGUGCCUCCAAUCUGCUUUAUGACAAGUACCGCCAAGAGAUGCAGACAAACAUCUUCCCAUCAGGAAUGCUGAGCAGGAGUAUCAGGCCCCCUGGACACACACACACUGUCCCCCCUGUGCACACACAUGCCGCACCACAUGCACACACACACAGCCACACGGCACCCCCAAAAUUGGGCAGCAAAGCAGAUAACUUCUACGGGGCGCCAUCAGAGGUGGGAAGAUCUGCCAGUUUUAAAGGGAGUACUGCUGAGGAAGCGAUGCAGGUCCGGACAGCCGCUCAGGCCGGAGGGAGUGGCAGUCUGCUGCGCUCUGGUAGAGGUCUGCGUCUGGGCCUUGGAGCUGUCACCCGAACGACUACGGGAUCAGCUAAGGGCAGAGGACCCAGUCAAGGUCAGAGGUCAACACUGGUCUUCAGCCAGCCAGUCCAACCUGUCAGUCCAGCAACCUGUCAGAAUAGCCAAGAUGCAGACGACCAGGUCUUCACCCAUCAUCAUCCUGCUCCUUCUCCAGCGACAGCAGCAGCCCAGCCUCAGGCCGCAGCCUCCAGAUCUCUGCUUCCCAAAGCAAGUCAGUCGGGCCUGCGCCCCCCAGGCUUCAGCUCCAGUCGUCUCCCUGCGGGCCGCCUGGCAGCCUUUGGCUUUGUCAGGAGCUCCAGUGUGUCCUCCGUCUCCUCUGCCGACAGCACACAGAGUGACCCCUGCAGGACAGCUCACCGUCUGAGCGUGAGCGAGGACCCUCCUCUUCACAGAGUGACCACCGGCCCUCCAUCAACAGAUCACCAGAGAGGGGCACCAUGUCGCAGCAACAGCCUCCAGCCCCCCUCUACCCCAGCCCUGCCCCGGCGCUACCUGCCUGCCCAGCCAAGAAGCUCCCCUGGAGUUGGCAGGAAGGAGUUUCAGCGGAGUUCAGAGGUCACACGUUCUCUCCCGUCCUCCCCAAAGAGGCUGGCGGUGGUUCCUCCCAAACCUCAGUCCCCAGUCCAGAGUGGGCAGCGGCCCGCAGCAGCAGUGCGAGGGUCAGCUCCCCCGGGGUCCCCUCGCCGUGUGGCCCCCCUGAGGCUGCAGCAGGAACAGCAGGAGAGCCUGCAGAGAGAGAAAGAGGAGUCUCAACAGAAAGACAGAGAAAGGAAAGCAGAGGAAACAGAAAAAGAAGAGCAAAGGGAGGAGGUUCAGAGGCUGCAGGGACGAUGUGAGCAGCAAGAGAGGCAGCUGAAAGCCCUAAGAGAUGAACUGAGGAAGACUUCCUUGGGUCUGGAAGCCUUCAUUAUCACUACUCAGCAUUACUGCCUCAAGAAUAAAACUACAGAGGAGAAUCAAAGGACAUUGUCCUUGGAAAUCCAAAAGAUCAGAGAGGAAAUGGCAUCCAACUCAGCACGAUGGGAGAGACUCCACCGGGAAAAGACAGCGCUGGAGGUGGCGUUUGAACGUGAGCUGCAGGAGCUGCAGCGGCAGCAGGAGGCAGAGCUGGCUGCUGUGGAGGAGGGGCUUAGGAAGUGUCACUCAGCGGAGGCAGAGCACCUGAAGGCGGAGCAUCUGUCAGAGAUGGAGGAGCUGAGGACUCAGCAACAGGAACAGGUGGAGGAGAUGACAGUCAACCACCAGGCAGCCAUUCAGGAGCUCAGAGACAUGCAUAACAUCACCAUGGCAACAUUGCAUGAGGAGCAUGCCCGUACCAUGAGAGACUUAAGGAAAGCUCAUGAGCAACAGAAGAUCCUUCUGGAGGAGGAUUUUGAGAAACUCAGGCUUUCUCUACAGGAUCAAGUGGAUACUCUCACAUUUCAAAACCAGAGUCUGAGGGACAAAGCCAAACGCUUUGAGGAGGCUUUGAGGAGGAGUACAGAUGAACAGAUAGUUGAUGCUUUGGCUCCAUACCAGCACAUUGAGCAAGAUCUGAAGAGCUUGAAGGAGGUUGUGGAAAUGAAGAACCAGCAGAUACACCAGCAAGAGAAGAAGAUCUCUGAUCUAGAGAAAGUGCAGGCUCAAAAGAACGUGUUCCUUGAGGAGAAGGUCCAGGUGCUGCAGCAGCAGAAUGAAGAUCUGAAGGCUCGUAUUCAAAUGAACCUCACCCUGUCCAGGCAACUGUCAGAGGAGAACGCCAAUCUCCACGAGUCAGUCGAAAAGGAGAGCACCGAGAAGAAGCGGCUGAGUCGGAACAACGAGGAGCUUCUGUGGCGUCUCCAGACCAGCCCCCUCAUGUCCCCCGCCUCCUCCCCGCUGCACCGCUCCUUCUCCACCUCCCCUGCCCCCUCAUCCCCAUUCUUCUCCUCCUCACCUGUAGCAGGGUGUGACUCCCCCACUCACUGCUACGGCUGCCCCCAGCAGGCUCAGUACUGCUCCCCCUCCCACAGAGCCGCUGCCAAUCAGAAUAUCUCCCCGGGACCAGCCACACCCACUCACAGGGCAGCAAGCAAUCAGAAUUACUCCCCCGGCCCAGCCACGCCCACACACAGAGUGUCAGCCAAUCGCUGUAAUUCAGCUGCUUGCAUCAGCUCUUUGCAGAGAUAAACUCACAUAUCUCUCUCUCCUCUUUUUCUGAACAUUCUCUUUCAUUUCCUUCAUUCUCUGCUCUCCUCCUUUGCUUUUUGAAUGUGAAUGGCAUUGAGAUACAGAGGGCAGUUGCCUCCAGUCAUCACAGGACAAGGUGGACAGAAAAAAAAGAGUCUUGAACUUUCUCAAGUCUCUACAGCUGGUGGUGUCCAUCAUGUGAAACACAACUGAUGCAGAUGACUGCAGCUCAGUUCUCUGUCCCCAAUCCCAACUUGUAUAAAUAUGGAAGUCUUGAAAUGUAGACUGUAAAUACUGUAUGAUAGUGACACAAAUAGUGUUGACAUGUAGUGAAACCUCCCUGCAUGGGUAGUCAGGAGUCCCGCACAGAUGGAAUCAGUACAGAUGGAAAGUAGCACACUCUUGUCACCAGAACACAAUACUCUGGUGUGUUAAAACACAGUCACAUCCUUGAUACAAUAAGCUAUAUUCUCUCUCAUGGAGAUUAGUUUCUCAUAGUCAAUUCUGUUUUAAAAUCAGCUUUCAGCAGAAAUGUUUUUCUGUUUCGUUUUUCUUCUGGAAAAAUCCCUAACAAAGCGCCUUAUACUCAGUCCUGCCGUCUCACCAGCAGAGAACAAGCAACAUUUUCUUUCAUAAAGGACUUUGGAUAAAGAAUUGGUUUGUAAAGCAAAGUAAAUCCUGUUUUUCAGCCUCCUUAAGGUGUAUUUAACAUUUUGUAAUUAGUUCACUGCUGAUAAUUUUACUUGUGUGGGACAACCCUACCUGGAAACCCCAGCCAUUUUACCAAAAUACAGAGAACUUACACGUUCAAACCAUGCCAGGUCUUCCUACAGCGUCUCGCCACACAAGCUACUCUUCACUUUUGGGAUCCCUCAGGUCAACUUGCAAAAACUACGUCUGCCAUUUUGUAUUUACCUCAGCGGGAAUGUGCAGUCUGUUGUGUUUGUAGCUCAACAGCAAUGACAACAACAAAAACAACAACAACAUCAACAAAAACACACAGCUACCAGGGAGCUCAGAGCUAAGGGGGGAGACUCGACACAUGAAUCUCUGUUUUAAAUGUUGUGGAUUCCUUUAAAACGUGAUAUCUAAUUUAUUUGUUACAUGUAUUUUGCUACUUAAGCAAGCAUGUACUGUGAAAGUCUUCCAGUCUUAAUGUGAAACUUAUUAUUGCUGUGAUCUGUCUAUUUAUUAAGCUUGAGGUGUGAUAGAAAUGAGUGUUUGUAACUUUUAAUAUCACCUAUAGGACACAAGUGGAGUAUGUGAAAUGAGAUAUAGUGCAUAUUUCUCUGACUUGAUGUCGUCUCACACACAUAGGUGGUGUUCAGGGGACUGUCUUAUGAUAUGAUAUGGAUCUAUAAGCUAUGUAGGUUAAAAAAAAUACAGGUUAACCCUCUGUUUACCGCUUUGUGAAUAGUGUCACAAAGAUUAGCGUAACCCUGUCUGAACCUGUGUUAACCUCUUCAUAACCUCUUCAGAUGCUUCUGGUUUGUUUAUCUGAAUGACACUUUUUAUCCUUCGAGUAUUAUGUUCAGACUUUUGCAGACAACACUGAACUCUUAGUGUGCAAGAAUAUAUUGUUCAGGGAAUUAUUUUCUAAAUUUAGAUUUAAAAUACUUUCAGUUAUAAUUUUGUAUAGCUUCUCUACAGAACAUUAUACACUCUCAAGAUGUUUCCCGAGAUAAUUUUCCACUUAUAUAGAAUACGAUAGAGAAACCAACCUUUGGUAUAUAAAAAUGAAAAUUAUUUUAUAGCAUACAGUACGUCAUAGCUGCCUCCUGUGCUGUACUCUACUGACUUACUUACCCUCAGGGUCCUAAUCUUUCAUCUGGCUUUGAACAAGACGACAUAGAAAGCUACAAUAUCAUCGUGUAAUCUCAGUGAUAUACUCGUACGUUAACAAACAAAGCUAAAGCAGUUCGGAUUCCACAUGAAAAUGUGCCACUGUAAAUAAGCGAGGUCAGUGAGAAGGGACAAGGGUAAGUCUGUGUUGGCGGCAACAUUGCUAAUGAGCGCAGGGGUUAGCGUGUAAUAUUGUUAAGUAGAUGCAUGGGGUGGGGUCGUGGGGGGGCAGUAUCGAGGCCUUGAAAUUCCUUGCAGCGCUCCUGGUCGUUCCUUCCAUUAAUUUACAGGUUGAGUAAAUAAAACCUUUUACCAGCAUGUAAAGGACGACGUUUCUGGGUUGCCAGUUUUUCAGUAAUAGACUUUUAAGUAGAUCUUUAAUUGCGAUACCAGCACUUUUGAUGGUCGUGAAAAAAGUAAAAAUGAUUCUUUCACAGAUCUUCACGAUUUUUUGUAUGAUACGUACACAGGGUUAAAUGCUCUUAAACAAAAGAAUGUCAAGUACAGCAUCGGAUUUGAGAAAUGUAUCUCAAUUCCCGCUUAUUUUAUACAUACACUGACGAUUUUGAGAAUGUCUUUGCAUAACGAUUAAUUGUAAGAAUUUACCAGUCAGAAAGUCACUGUGUUUUAAAAUGUUUAGGAUUACAGUUCACCUACGUCAUUGAAUGAUUCUUCAGGGUCCUCCUAAAGGUCACUUCAGGUGCAAAAAAUACAGUCUACAAAGAUGCAACAAAAUCUAUUGUUUACAAACGACGUAAAGUUACCGACUUCAUCAUAAAUUAAUAUUUCACCUUUGAAUGGACUAUGAUUUCUAAACAAUGAACUGGUAUUGUCAUGACCCUUCAAUGUGUCCUGUGGACAUCUGUGUCUCACUAUGCGCUGAAUGUCAAAAAUGUAAUGACUGCAUUUUAUACAAGUCAUUCAAUGUGAUUUUGUUUAAUAUAGAAGGACCUCUUGUCUGACCAUUAUGUAGCAGCCAUUUAAUAUGUAGCACUUGGUUGAGCCUCCCCACAACAAACAUGGGUAAUUUAUCUAAUUCAUUAGGGAUUGAAACGUCCAUGUUGAUGUUUAAAUGCUGUUGUAGCAAAUGUUUCCAUGGCUAGUCAACUUUGAGCUCUAGAAUUUGAAUUUGUGGAGGUAAGCUAUACAAUUACCCCUUAUGGAUUUGGUCCAGAGACAAAGUUUACUGAAUUUGUUUGUUCUGGCACUGAUUGUAUGUCUGAAUGUAAAUACAUUUACAACAUGGGUUGUGUCUUAGUGCACCAGAAAAGUAUUAGACGCAUGUUUUUUCUGUCUUUGCUGUUUCUUGCUCUCCCUUUCUCUUCUUUUACCUCUCCGCAUCUGUGAUGGUCAAAAUGUAACUGUAGCGUAGGAGGCCUAGAGGAUGGAGAAUGAGAUAGUUCAACAUGUAAUGUAUACAAGGUAUGUUGAUGCUUUUAUUUGUACUUUUUGGGGAGAACACAGUAUUAAAAAAUAUUCAAGAAAAGUCA